AUGCUAGCCGGACAAGUUGCUAUAGGUGUGGUGCAGCUUCUGUACACGACCCUCAUGUCCCCCCUGGUUGGAAAAAUGGUGACUGGAUGUGCUCCAGGCCAGGAUGUGGAGUACACAACUAUGCCAGCAGGAUGGAAUGUUUUAAAUGUAAAACACCAAGGGAUUUUGGAGGAGCAGUUUGAGGAAGAUGAAUUGAGAGAGACAAUUGAACUUAUCCGAACCUUUUCCGCACUUCUAAUCCUCCAAAAACACCUUCUCAUUUUAUUGUUUGUCUUCACUUCUUUCUCUUGCCUUUCCUCUUUCUAG